AACACACCAGUAAUGUGUUUCUACCGUUAAUUUCAGUAAACAAGUGCAAUGUGACUGUUUAGAAACGCAAAGUUUCCUUAAAAGAAAAGCGCCACUAAACAAGUGUUUCGUAUAAAUUUGUGCUCAGCGUACGAAAACAAAUAUUCAAGGACCCAGUGCAUGCGUCCGCAGUUUCAGCGUGAAAAACUUUCAGUGCAAGAAAACAGCACAUUCAACUACAGUGUCUGCUAAAGUGUUUUUUUUUUCUCUCAUACACUGAGAUUGUUAAGCCAAUUAGCGGCAUUUCGAAAGUAAGACAAAUAAACAAAAAGGCAACUGCAAAUUAUAAAAAGUGCGAACAGCCAACGCGUUGUAUUGUCAAAGUUAUAGUGCAUUUAGAGAACGUUAAAUACCACAAACACUAACAAAGUAAUUACCCCAAGAGCAACAUUUCAACCCUGAUGGCAACAACAGCACCGGCCAGCGCCCCCCUUAACAGCCACAGCAGCUCCGCCAACAGCAGCAGCAGCAGCAGCAAGCCGAUUACCAUACCCUUGCUUGAGCGCUUCACCAGCCAGCUAUCCACCGGUUCGGCCGACAGUGGUGUCGUUGUUGGUGGCGUCAACUCUUCCAGCAGCAACUCUGUGGCGUUGACUAAAAAGAGCCUUGCCACCAACUGUUCACUGGAUACGCGCUGCAAUUCGCUAUGUCUGCACGGCACGAAUGCCAAAUGGCAGCUGCAGAAGCUAAAGCAACCCACCAAUAAACAGUUGCUCUCACAGGAUAGUGGCAUCGAUGCCGUUGUCGAUGGCGGCAGUGGCGGUACAUUGGCCACUGAUGGCGACGCGGAUUCGACUGCCGGCUCGCGGCAACAACUCAAGUCCAUGCAGUGUUCGUCAUCCAGCAGUGAGUCGUUGGGCGGCAAUUCAUCCGGCCUGUCGCUGUCUAAAUACUCAGAGGAUGGCGGCGAGUCGGAGAACUCGUCGGGCAUUUGCAUGAGUGUCGGCAGCGGUCGACGCAUCAAGUAUCGCAAUAGCGCCAGCACCUGCACGCAAGGUCUAGAGGAUCGCAUCGAAGAGGUUGACAUACCAGACGAUUACGAUGAGGAGGAUGACGAUGUGGAUAAUGACGACGCCGAUAUAGACGGAGACGAUGAUGAAGUCGAUGCUGGCGUAGACGAUGAUUUGGACGUGGAUGAGGAUGAAGACGUUGAAAGCGAUAGCGAUUCGGGUAAUAAUUCCGGUGUUGUGGGCGAAACAGGCAGCGCCUCUAUGCCCACAACGAUCGGUACACUGAAUGGCGCCUUUGGCAAGAACGUGCCAACGAAAACGCUUGGCGUUAAAGAACCACCGACAGCCAACCAAUUGCACAUCAAAUCGUCGCUACUAGCACCGCAGUGCGCCUCAGCGCCGGUAGGCAGUGUUACUUACUCAACGUCCCACCACAAAGCCAAUGAAACAAAUAAGCCAACCACUAGCAGUAGUAAUCAUAAUAAUCUAAACAAUAAUCGUAGUAGUAGCACUAGAGACCAUAGUAGUAGUAGUAGUAAACCGCAAGCAGCCACUAAGUCCAAAAAUCCCGAAUCACAAGUAUUGGCCACUGAUGGCAAUUAUUAUUUUCCGCUGCUGAAAAUCUCCGACGAUCCGUACAUUGAUUCCAAAUUGAUUAACAAGAAGGAUGGCCUACAGGACACCAUGUACUAUCUGGACGAGUUUGGCAGUCCGAAAUUACGCGAAAAAUUCGCACGCAAACAGAAGGAGAAGGAACAGAAGCAACAGAAGGCGCAAAAGAAGCAAAGCAAACGCGAAGAGGAGCGUAAAAAGCGCACAACAAUGGCGCCGAACGCCACUGCUGCAUACACGACUGACAAGCAAACCGCUAACAGCGGAACGACAAUGGAGUCCAAAAAACCAAGCAACGUCAUAGACGCUGCAACAAACUGUGAUGAUAGCUGUAAGGAGCAUAGGCAAAGUAAUAAGUAUAAGCAUAAAUGCGUUGCUGCAGCUGGAGGUGAGCAGAAGAACGCUAAUGAUGCGGAUACGCGCAUUACAGCGAGCAACAAGUCGCUGUCGACCGCAACCUGCGUGACCUGGAACAAAGUAUUUCGCAAGUUCAAAACUGUCUUAGGCAGAGAUGGUUCCAAGAUUACAACAGUCGUUGCCACACCUGGCCAAGGUACUGACCGUGUGCAAGAAGUUUCCUACACAGAUACCAAGGUGAUCGGCAAUGGCAGCUUUGGCGUGGUCUUUCAAGCGAAGUUAUGCGAUACCGGCGAGCUGGUAGCUAUCAAGAAAGUUUUACAAGACAGACGAUUUAAGAAUCGUGAAUUGCAAAUUAUGCGUAAACUGGAGCAUUGUAACAUUGUAAAACUUUUGUAUUUUUUCUAUUCGAGUGGUGAAAAGCGUGAUGAGGUAUUUUUGAAUUUAGUUCUCGAAUAUAUACCAGAAACCGUAUACAAAGUGGCACGUCAAUAUGCCAAAACCAAGCAAACGAUACCAAUUAAUUUUAUACGGCUCUAUAUGUAUCAGCUAUUCAGAAGUUUGGCCUACAUCCAUUCAUUGGGUAUCUGUCAUCGUGAUAUCAAACCGCAAAAUUUACUCUUGGAUCCAGAGACGGCUGUGCUGAAAUUAUGCGAUUUUGGCAGCGCCAAGCAACUAUUACACGGCGAACCGAAUGUAUCAUAUAUUUGCUCGCGGUAUUAUCGUGCACCGGAAUUAAUAUUUGGCGCCAUUAAUUACACUACAAAAAUUGAUGUGUGGAGCGCCGGCUGUGUAUUAGCUGAAUUACUACUCGGCCAACCAAUUUUCCCCGGCGAUUCUGGUGUCGAUCAAUUGGUUGAGGUCAUCAAAGUUUUGGGUACACCGACACGAGAACAAAUACGCGAAAUGAAUCCAAAUUACACGGAAUUCAAAUUUCCACAAAUUAAGAGUCAUCCAUGGCAGAAAGUUUUCCGUAUACGCACUCCGACAGAAGCUAUCAAUCUGGUAUCACAACUGCUCGAGUACACGCCCAGUGCACGUAUAACGCCACUAAAGGCGUGCGCACAUCCAUUCUUCGAUGAACUGCGCCAAGAGGGCAACACUACUUUGCCCAAUGGACGGCCCAUGCCGCCAUUAUUUAAUUUCACAGAGCAUGAACUAUCGAUACAGCCAAGCUUAAUCCCACAAUUGUUGCCAAAACAUCUGCAAAAUAACAGCGCAGGUCGACCGGUCGCCGGUGCUGGUGGCGAGGGUGCUUCUGGCUCAGCAUCAAAUCCGUCAAGUGGCGCCGGUACGCCAGGCGGCGCAACUUCCCAAGCAACUUCAGGCACACAAUCGAGCGCAUCGGCUACGACCAGCAGUGGCGGCGGCAACGCAACAGUGGCCAACCCAUCGUCCAGCGCCUCAGCUGCUGCGGCAAGCAGCGGCGCGCCUUCAGCGGCACAAGCAGCGCAAGCGAGCGGCGGCGAUGCGGCCAACAGCAGCAAUGGCGGUAACCAACAGCAAGCGUCUGCUAGCGUUGCGUCAGCAGCCGGCGCGGGUGAUGCCACUUCGAUUUCAAGCGCCGGUGGCGCCAGUGGCGGCAAUGGCAAUGGCGGCGGUAGUGGCGGCAGCAAUAAUAGCGGCGGCGGUGGCAAUGGCACACAGCCGCAACAGACAGCGACGACAAUGGGUUAGCGAGCUGCAAACGAUGAAAAUGGAGGGCCUAUUAAUUCUAAUAAGAAUAAUUAAAUUUAAAUACAUAAAAUAUAUAAAAGCUAAAAUAAAAA